GCGUUUCCAUCGUCGCGUUAUUGAUUCGAAUGCGCAAAACACCGAGUGGCAUUCUCAGAAACGCGGACAUCGUUCGUCGCGUGAGAAAAGUGUUUCCAGUCCUACGUUAUCUCGUCUCAAUUUCUGCAAUCGUGCAAAUCCGACGCGGAUCCGUUUCAGGUCUGGAGGAAAAGCUGCGUUGUCGGGUGAGGCCCGGAAGACAUGGUUGGGCCCAAUGUUUCCUUGUGACUAACCGUCCCGGAGGGUGGAACGAUCGCCGCGCAAGGCGCAUCCUUCAGAACGCCUUCCGAACACGAGCGUACAAAUACAGAACUCGCGACGCUGUGCAAGGUGUAUCCUGUGAGCCCUGUAGCGGGGCCUGGCGCGGCAAGAUCCGUAUGGGAACUAAGCCCAGAUCCCGACAUGGUCGGGCAUCUACCGAACAAUCCGAUAUCCGGUCACCAGAAUCAUGGUGCCAGCAAGGAUACGCGGCAGAGAAAUCGUCCUGACGACAUCUAUGCGGACGAGGCUACCACUGGCCAGAGCCCCACCGAUGAGACCAAACAAAUUUUCGAACUGCUCAGAGCUGGUGAAAUCGAGGUGGUCGAGGAGAUGGUCGAGAAAAACGGGUUGAGUGUGCUAAGCGCGAGAGACGAAUGGGGAUAUACACCCGCCCAUUGGGCUGCCUUGGACGGCAAUGUUGAAGUCAUGAGAUAUUUGAUAGAACGGAACGGACCCGUCGAUCUCCCAUGCCUUGGCACGCAAGGACCCAGGCCGAUACACUGGGCCUGUCGGAAAGGUCAUAGUGCGAUAGUGCAAUUAUUAUUGAAGGCAGGAGUCGCGGUUAACGCGGCUGACUUUAAAGGCCUGACACCUCUGAUGACCGCCUGCAUGUUUGGCAAAUUCGCGACGUCUGCCUUCCUGCUAGGAUCCGGCGCGCAGGGACACUUGACGGACAUAAAUGGUGACACGGCGUUACACUGGGCCGCGUACAAAGGGCACGCCGAGCUCAUCAAGCUGUUGAUAUACAGUGGGGUGGAUCUGCAGAAGCCCGAUUACUUCGGCUCGACACCGCUCCAUCUGGCCUGUCUGUCCGGCAACGUCAGCUGCGUCCGGAUCCUCUGCGAAAAGAGUAAAAUCGAGCUUGAGCCGCGCGACAAAAACGGCAAGACGCCGCUGCAGCUGGCAAAGAGUCAUCGCCACUCGGAGAUCGUGCGCAUCCUGCAGGCGGAGCAGAAGCGCCGUGCCAGAUGGAUACCACCCAUUAACGAGCUAUGGGCGCUACUGUUUGGCGGAGCAGGUAACAGCAAAGGGCCGUUGCUGUUGUUUAUGAUAUCCGUUCUGCUGUGGGGAUACCCGAUGUACCUGUUGAAGUGCAUUCCGUUAACGUGGAAUCUCUUGCGAGGCAGUCAUUAUUGCUUCAUUUACUGGAACAUCCUCAUGUGGAUCUCGUGGAUCGUGGCUAAUAGAAGAGAUCCCGGUUACGUGCCGCAAAACAGCGAUACCUACUACAGGGCGAUAAAACAGAUUCCCUACUUUGACAAGUGGAAGAAGCGAAAUGUCUUACUGUCGCGAUUAUGUCACAGCUGCAGAUGUUUCAGACCUCUUCGGGCUAAACACUGCAGAAUUUGCAACAGAUGCGUCACAUAUUUCGAUCAUCACUGUCCAUUUAUAUAUAAUUGCGUUGGCCUACGGAACAGAAUGUGGUUCUUCCUGUUCGUUAUGUGCGUGGCGAUAAAUUGCUCUUUCACGUUAUACUUCGCGUGUUAUUGCAUUGCAAUUGAGGGAAUUCAACUUUUAUAUGUUCUCGGCGUAUUGGAGGCUCUCGUCUUUUGCGGACUCGGCUGGAUCCUAACGUGUACCUCGGUUCUACAUGCGUGCAUGAAUUUAACCACCAACGAAAUGUUCAAUUACAAGAGGUACUCGUAUUUGAGGGACAAGAAGGGCAAGUACUUGAAUCCCUUCAGUCGAGGACCCAUGCUUAAUUUCAUCGAAUUUUUCCUCUGUCCGCCGGAUCAUCAGACAAACGAUCUUCAGCAUUAUCAUAUUCUUUCAGAGGACGUUAUAUAAAAUUCGGGAGACGUUUAAGCCUUUGAAUUAGUUUAUUUUACGCACUCUCUCUCUCUCUUUGUCUCGCACAGAGAAGCGCGAUCACUGCGUGUACAACGAUACAUUAUUUUUUCAAAUCACGUGUACAUUUGCACAUAAAAAAAUAUUACUACUUAUGAAGGAUUCUCAUAUUUCAUAUCGCGCGACAUUUUGCUGCCAGGGCACAAACUUGCAAAGAUAUAAUCAAGAAUUUUAUAAGUUAAUGUUUCAAUAAAUAUCUUGUAAAAUUAA